GACUCGUCCGAACGCCCCCCGCCCCGGCUGAGCAUGGCCGCGACGUUUCGGGGCGGCGCCUUGAGCCUGCGCUCCGUCCGCCGGAUCCUCGUCCGCUUCUGCCCCUUCGGGGACCGCGUGGAGUCCACCAGGGCCGUGCUGCAGACGCUGAGCGGGGAGAAGGUGCGCGCCUCCAACCUCAACUGCUCCGUCCAGGUGGACGUGAGGCACGACGGCUCCGCGCCCCAGGUGGACGUGCUCUUCGGGGACGGAGACCGGCUGAUCCUGCGCGGUGCCUACCUCACGACCCAGGAGAUGCUGCGGGCCCUGGUCGCUCGAAUCCGGGCCAAGGAGCGGCCCGAGGCGGACCAGAAGCCGGAAAGGAAGAAGCCGUGAGGCGAGAGGGGGGCCGGGCCCGACGCCGACCCUCCCCACCCCAACCCCCGACCGGCGGGGACGUCCCGGGGGUCGGGGGGCUCCGUCGCCCAGGUUCUGCCCCCCUCCCGCCCCCGGGGGGCCCGAUUCCCCCGUCGCCCCUCGAGAUAAAUAAAGGUCUGCGACCGUGGUCCGGCCCGGGAUUUGGACGGUC